AUUUGGGAACAGAUAGAGAUAAUGGUGGAGAGAAGCAGGGAACAAGAACUUUACAAAAACACCCUUUUACAAUACAGGAACAAUCAAAUCAUCUAUCCCAUAGAUCUCUAUGGAGAACCGGAAACAAUGAUAACCAAGUCACUGGUGAUAACUACAAUGUGGGACACGUUAUGUUACCUGUAUACGAUGAACUCUUGGCCAAAAAUAAGCAAGAAGAAAGACAGAAUUCACUUAGUCAGGAUUCAACAGGAGAACGAUUAGAGCCUUUUCCCUCUACACCUUUUUCCCAUUAUCGGAAUCAGGAAUUGAUGCCAAGCAUGGAGACAUGGGUACAUGGAAAUUGUGCGGAAACCAAUCCGUGGUCGCAUCUAGCUCAAUUGAGACCAAAACAUCUAAUCCAAACUCUUACUAUAGAA